AUGAAAAAUUAUUAUCACAUCAUUGAUGAAUGGUUUGGCCUCUAUGGCUCCAACAAUGAAUAUGCUUACACAGCUCAUCUACAUAAUGUCACAGGACCACCUCAUAAUUUUCCUCUCAUUCUCGGAAGUGAAGAACCUGCACCAUUCAGAAGAAUCAAUUGGUCCUAUCAUGAUUCAUUCACCAUGUUGGUCAUGGCCAUCAUUAUUUUCAUCAUCCGAAAACUCAUGUAUACAUUUGUAUUGAAUCCACUCGUGCUCACGGAGAAAUUUAAAAACAUUUCACCACUUUCAAAAACUCGUUUCAAAGAAAAUGUGUGGUUCUCUACGUACUAUCUUUUCAUGACCAUAUUUGGAUAUUAUGUAUUGAGAGAGACUUCUUGGUUUGUGGAUGCAUCAUUUUGUGUGUUGGAAUAUCCACACGGACAUACUGGAUUUGAGACACCCUAUUUCAGAUUUUACAUGUUACUAGGAUGUGCUUUUUAUGUGCAAGCUUUAUUUACAGUACUGUUUAUUGAUGAGAAAUUAUCGGAUUUUGCAGAAAUGGUCGCACAUCAUAUUGCAACCAUUAUGUUAAUUACGUUUUGUCUUGCUGCACAUCAUCAUCGAGUCGGAAGUUUGGUUUUGAUUUUGCAUGAUUUUGUGGAUAUUUUCUUGUACAGCGCAAAGGCAAUGCAUCACAUCAAAAUGGAAACCAUAUCUACCAUGUUGUUUGUGGCGUUUACAUUAGCGUUUUUCAUGAUGAGACUCUUGUUUUUGCCAUAUAUCAUUUAUAUGGCCGCAAUGAAUUUCCAAGGUUGGGAUGAUCCUUCAAGAUAUUACCUCUUUAGAUACGUCUCAGAUUCCAUUUAUCCUGCCGAGGUCAGCGAUUAUGGAUGCUGUCUUUUCAGAUAUUGUGUGAGCACAUAUUGGGCCCUUAUUUCCUUACUUUGCUUACUUGUGACGCUUCACAUCUUUUGGUUUUAUUUAGUGUUGAAAAUAUUAGCACGAAGUUUGAGCGGAACGAAACUGAGUGAUAUUAGAGAGGAUGAAGAAGGUGAACACGCACAUACCGAUUAA